AUGGAUCGUCGCAGGUCUGCCCAAUUCACAAGUUCAUACACAGAUUAUCUGUCUCUCAAUCCCAGCGGCUUCGCAAUUCUAAUGGAUGAACAGUUCUCGCAGGUUUCUGUGCCGGAACCGUGUGCUGAUGACUCCAUUAAGGAAGUGCAGUCUGGGAAAUACGGAACAGCAACUGGUACCACGCAGGACAGCGAAUACACGAUUGCAGAUGGUGCAGCGAAUUCUGGGCCAAGCGACCUUGGUUUUAAUUUCUUUGCCAGUCUUGGAAAAGACCUCUGCCAACUCACUUAUGCCUCCAAUGUCACGAGCCCCUCGACGCAGUUCGGUGAUCCUGACUGGUCUCAGAACUAUGCACAUGCCGGCACUCAAAGGAGGAUACCAACCCUGCAGGACUGGUGUAGACCACCGCCGUCUCCAUCGCCUCAACAGACCUGGAGCGCCUACCAGUAUCCCACUGCGGUACCUAUGUCCUUCGGGUCGGCCCAAAAUGUUGAGCAGAAAUCGCUGCAAGCUUCGGGUGCUGUGUUACAACCAGAAAUGGACCAAGAGGCAGGCUUACACCAACAGCACCACCGCAUACCGCAGUGGUCACAGCCAGGACCAACGUAUACAAACCAAUUCCUGGAGAUGAGACAAUACGGUGGCCCGAAAUACGCCACACGAGAGUACGGCGAACGUCUUCGGAAGAAGCUGAUUGAAGAUGGCUGUGGAUUCACCCGGCGACGGUAUGGUACCUCAACAAAGAUGGUCAGGAAGAAUAAUAAUGAUCAGGAACACGAGCCUCUUACGGCUGAACUGAACGAAGACGCCGAAGAGCCAGAGCAUGAUGUAUCAAAAGGGCAUCGAUUGACCAUGACAGGUAUGUCUUCGAUGGAAGAAGGUACCCCUACCCUCAUUCCCCCGGGAGUCCGAUCCACCCCGUUCUUAAUAUACACUGGCCCGAAUGCGGUACCAGAACCUGAGCACGAACGUGCAACCAGCUUCACACCAUCAGAACAGUUGUUCUUUCCGCCGGCACUGCUUCGCGAGUACAUCCAGUCCCAGCACCGAUGGCUUGACAAGGAGACCCACUCCAGCAAGACAGUAUUCGUCGUUACUCAUCAGGAUGGCACACAAAUGCGCGAAGUUCGCGUCUUCUCCCGCCUAAAGGAUGCUAACUUAGACGCCUUGAGUAUAAUGCAGAAUUCACACCCAGAAUUCUUCGCCGUGCCGUCUCCCAAGGAGUCUGAGGCCUUCAUCAAGGAGGAAGAGGAGCCGCAGACCUUGCAGGCUAUCUUCGAGCGAGAGGGUGUCAAGCGCCGACUGACGAAGGGGGAAGAUAUUAGCUCAGACAAUGCUAUCGUGAUCAAGGAAGAGGAUGGCGAUGACCCAUCUGCCAUCGAUCUCCAGAUGGCGGGGAAUACGUCAGCCAGCGGUGCGGCCAAUGGAACCGCUGGUGCACGGGAAGAGACUCGCGUUUUGAGGACACCCGAUGUGGUGGAUCUUGAGCGUCAAUUCAUCUACAUCGGUGCCUGGAAGUUCACGGCGAUGACGACUCUGAAGCUGACGGCCAAGUUACCUGGCGGCCGCGAGGUCAAGGUCUUCUCCAGCUUGAGGACUCCACGGGAGCCUCAGACAAGGAAGACAAGGAAGCAGACAGUGAGGGCUAAGGCUGCAAGGCAGGGCGAAAUCUAA